AUGUCUAUCCUCAAGAUGCAGGCAAGAGAGAUCUUUGACUCUAGGGGAAACCCCACUGUUGAGGUUGAUCUCUACACUUCAAAAGGUCUCUUCCGAGCUGCUGUACCCAGUGGUGCAUCUACUGGUGUCCAUGAAGCCCUGGAGCUCCAAGACAAUGAUAAAACCCGCUACGUGGGGAAAGGUGUCUCAAAAGCGGUUGAGCAUAUCACUAAAUCUAUUGCCCCGUGCCUGAUUAGUAAGAAACUGAAUGUUGUGGAGCAGGAGAAGAUCGACAAAUUGAUGCUAGAAAUGGACGGCACUGAUAAUAAAUCUAAAUUUGGUGCCAAUGCCAUCCUGGGAGUAUCUCUGGCUGUUUGUAAGGCUGGAGCUGCAGAGAAAUGUGUCUCCCUGUACCGCCACAUUGCUGAUCUUGCAGGCAAUGAAGAAGUUAUCCUGCCAGUUCCAGCCUUCAAUGUGAUCAAUGGUGGCUCUCAUGCUGGUAACAAGCUGGCCAUGCAGGAGUUCAUGAUCCUCCCUGUUGGGGCAUCAAGCUUCAAGGAGGCCAUGCGCAUUGGAGCUGAGGUCUACCACAACCUGAAGAAUGUGAUUAAUCAGAAAUAUGGACAGGAUGCCACCAAUGUAGGGGAUGAGGGUGGCUUCACUCCUAACAUCCUGGAGAAUAAAGAAGCUCUGGAGCUGUUAACGACUGCUAUUAGUAAAGCUGGCUAUACUGAUAAGGUGGUCAUUGGCAUGGAUGUUGCUGCUUCAGAAUUCUACCGAUCUGGGAAAUACGACUUGGACUUCAAGUCCCCCGAUGACCCCAGCAGACACAUCUCCUCUGAGGCUCUUGGGGACCUCUACAAGGGCUUCAUCAAGGAUUAUCCAGUGGUGUCCAUUGAAGAUCCCUUUGACCAGGAUGACUGGGAAGCUUGGACAAAUUUCACUGCUACUGCAGACAUCCAGGUGGUGGGGGAUGCCCUCACUGUGACCAAUCCCAAACGUAUUGAAAAGGCUGUGGAUGUCAAAGCCUGCAACUGCCUUCUGCUCAAAGUGAACCAGAUUGGCACUGUGACUGAAUCUCUCCAGGCGUGCAAGCUGGCCCAGUCCAACGACUGGGGAGUCAUGGUUUCCCAUCGUUCUGGGGAGACUGAGGAUACCUUCAUUGCAGACCUAGUGGUGGGUCUGUGUUCCGGACAGAUCAAGACUGGUGCCCCCUGCCGUUCUGAGCGUCUGGCCAAGUAUAAUCAGAUUCUCAGAAUUGAGGAAGAGCUGGGCGGCAAGGCCAAAUUUGCUGGAAGAAACUUCAGAAACCCUAAGGCACAGUAA